AUGCCAUUCGCGCAACGUCUCUUCGGCCUCUCGCUGUGGGCAGCAACCUGCGUCUCGCAGGCUGCCUCACAGGAGCCUUCCACUCACUGUUCAAUCGAUGGCAUCAGCGGCUUUCUCACGCAAGAUGACCGUGCCGAAGUCUUGAUGGCUGUUCCCAUCAGCAACAAUGGCAGCUUCGGUGAGGUAGGAAACGUCGCGUACCCCCAGAACGCAACGUACCUCCCUGCCCUCUGCGCCGCGACAAUCAACGUCACGUCUUCUUCGACCUCGUCUUACACCUUCGGCCUGUUCCUGCCCGAGACGUGGAACCAGCGUUUCCUCGCCGUCGGCAACGGAGGCUUCUCCGGGGGCAUCAACUGGUAUGCCAUGGGCACUGGAGUCAAGUAUGGCUUUGCGACCAUCUCGACCUCCACCGGCCACAACUCCACAAGCCAGGAUAUGAGCUGGGCCCUGAACAACAAUGAAACCAAAGCCGAUUGGGCUGGCCGCAGCCUCCACGGCUCGACCGUUCUGGCCAAGAAGAUCGUGGAGGGGUUCUACGGCAACGCGGCGAACAAGUCCUACUACUCCGGCUGCUCGACGGGAGGACGACAGGGCGUCAAGUCGGCACAGGCCCACCCGGAGGACUUUGACGGCAUUCUCGCGGGAGCACCGGCUUGGAUGUCCACAAGUCAACAGUUAUGGCAGCUCAAGGUCGGCGCCAUCAACUUGCCGGAGGAUGGACCUGGGUAUCUCCCGACGGCCAUCUUCCAGGUUAUCAGCGACGAGGUCUUGCGGCAGUGCGACACCUCUGAUGGCAUCGCCGAUGGUAUCAUCAUGGACCCUAGACACUGCAACUUUCGACCUGAAAAGCUGCUCUGCACGUCGAGCUCAGCAAACAAGUCCGCGUGUCUAACGGCGCCGCAAGUGUCGACCCUCAAGCAGCUUUACCAGCCAUUGAUCCAGCUGGAUGCAGAUGUCCACAACCUGACAUACGUCUAUCCCAACUUCGGCCUUGGAUCCGAGAGCCAAAUGCCAUCUUCAUUCGGUUCUAACAACGAACCCAGUCUGUACGGGACAGACUACGCCAAGAAUUACCUCUUCGACGAUCUGAACUGGGACUGGAAGGCGAGCUUCAGCUACGCGACCUUUGUUGAGGCAGCAAGACUCAACCCCGGGGACGUCAACGCGGACAACUUCGACCUGUCCGCGUUUCACAGCCGCGGCGGAAAGCUGAUCCAGUACCACGGGUACGCGGACGGUCUCACCCCGACAGACGUCAGCCGCGUGCUCUACGACGAGACAUGGCUGGCAAUGGCGGAGCAAGGGGUCGACUUGGAUGAGUUUUACCGUCUCUUCUUCGUGCCCGGUAUGCAGCACUGCUCGGGGAGCGUGUACGAUGCUCCUUGGUACUUUGGAGGCAGCGGACAUUCGUCCAACUUGGAGACGAACGGGCAACAUGCGUUCCCUGUGCCCGGGUUGGACGACGCGAAGCAUGAUGCGUUGCUUGCGCUUGUUGCGUGGGUUGAGGGCGGAUCGGGUGUUGAUGAGCUUGUUGCAACCAAGUAUGCCAACGACACUGUUGGCAACGGGAUUUUGAGGCAACGUCCGAUCUGCAAGUAUCCCGGAUACGCUUCGUGGGAUGGCAAGGGGGACCGGCCGUCGCAGAUUCGACGCAUGUUGGAAGAGGACGACAUGCCUGUCGACGAUGCACCAGAGGAUGAAGGCCAGGGAGCUCCGCGGCAGACGUACAACUUUGCACCUGGAUACCACGGCGUCGUAUACCGUGCCGACGUCCCAGAUCGUGGCGCUGGCCAUCGUCGUGCUCAGACGAGUAACGACCAGGACCAAUCAGCAGAUGCUCCAUCAAAGGAUGCCACACACGAUCACGAUGGCAUCAAGUACAAGAUGCAGUCAAUGCAGUGGGGUCUGAUUCCCUUCUGGACCAAGCGCGACCCCGGGUACGCCACGCUCUCCAAGACGAUCAACUGCCGCGACGACUCGCUCAGCACUUCCGGGGGCAUGUGGUCGACGAUGAAGGCGGGGAAGAGGUGCAUCGUGGUGGCGCAGGGAUUCUACGAGUGGCUUAAAAAAGAUAAAGAAAAGCUCCCGCACUUUGUCAAGAGGAAGGACGGCCAACUCAUGUGUUUUGCCGGCCUCUGGGAUUGCGUCAAGUACGAGGAUUCUGACGAGAAGCGUUAUACGUACACCAUCAUCACAACAGAUUCUAACAAGCAGCUCAAGUUCCUCCACGACAGGAUGCCAGUGAUCCUCAACCCGGGGUCCAAGGAAAUCAAGACGUGGCUGGACCCAAAACGGCACGAGUGGUCCAAGGAAUUGCAGGACCUACUGAAACCUUUCGACGGCGAACUCGAAUGCUAUCCCGUCAGCAAGGACGUUGGCAAAGUCGGGAACAACUCGCCAUCGUUCAUCAUCCCGGUCGCAAGCAAGGAGAACAAGUCCAAUAUUGCCAAUUUCUUCGCCAACGCAUCAGCAAAACAAAAGUCUCCCAAGUCAAAGAUCGAACCGACCGUUGUGACCACCGAAGAGACCCAAAAGUCGCAAGAAGAACAAACGCAGCCUGUGCCGGACGUGAUCGCCAAGGCGGCAGAUGAUGCAGACAGUCCGCAAAAGACUGGUGUCAAACGAGAAGCUCCUGCGGCGGAGACGGACGACGAGCCGCCGAAGAAAGUGCCCGUGAAGGCGGCGCCUGCAACAAAGUCAAGGCAGAGCAAGAUCAGCGCGACGAGCAACGGCAGCAAGAGCCCCGUGAAGUCGAAGGACGGUACUCAGAAGAUUACAAAGUUCUUCGCCAACAGUGCGUGA